UAUUUAUUCCACAAAUAUGAAUGAUGCACUGAACAAUAAUCCAAAUGCCUAUUCCCAACCCGACUCCGACAUUCCACUUCCCUCUUCCCGCGAUGCCGUCAGCCAUCUCCAGAGCCGUCGCCGUCAUCGGAGCCGGGGCCGCCGGGCUUUGCGCCGCCCUUGAACUCCGACGAGAAGGCCACAACGUCGUUGUGUACGAGCGGGAAGACAAUUUAGGCGGCACAUGGGCCUACACCCCCCAAACAGAGGCCGACCCGUUAGGCCUCGAUCCGACCCGGAACGUGGUCCAAUCCAGCGUCUACGCUUCGCUCCGGACCAACCUGCCCCGCGAGGUGAUGGGCUUCCGGGUCUACCCGUUUGUGGCGAGCGGGAAGCCAGGGCAAGACCCGAGGAGGUUCCCGGGUCACGAGGAGGUGUUGGAAUAUUUGAGGGAUUUCGCGGAGGAGUUUGGGCUGGCGGAGAUGGUCAGGUUUGGGAGGGAGGUGUGCCAUGUCGGGAAGGCCGCGGAUAAUCGGCGCUGGGUGGUGAAGUCGAUGAGAAAGGGCGGCGGAGAUGGGGAUGACCAGGUGUAUGAUGCGGUGGUCAUCUGUAAUGGACACUAUUCGGAGCCCCGGAUUGCGGAUUUACCCGGGAUUGAAGAGUGGCCAGGGAAACAGAUCCAUAGUCACAACUAUCGCGUUCCUGAUCCCUUUCGUGAUCAAGUUGUGGUGCUAAUCGGGAGUGCUGCAAGUGCUGAUGAUAUCUCCCGAGAUAUUGCCAAAUUCGCAAAAGAAGUCCAUGUUGCAUCUAGAUCAGCACAAACUGACAAAUUUGGAAAAAUUCCGGGGCAUGAUAACAUUUGGCUACAUUCAAUGAUCAAAAGUGUUGACAGAGAAGGUACGGUGGCUUUCCAUGAUGGAGAUAAAACCAUUGCUGAUGUUAUCCUUCACUGCACGGGGUAUAAAUUUUAUUUUCCUUUUCUUGAGACGAACAAUGCUGUGACUGUGGAAGAUAAUAGAGUCGGCCCACUUUAUCAGCAUGUUUUUCCUCCGACAUUGGCCCCUUGGCUUUCAUUUGUUGGCUUGCCAUGGAAGGUUGUGCCCUUUCCCCUAUUUGAACUCCAGAGCAAGUGGAUCGCUGGAGUUUUGUCGGGACGGAUUACACUGGAGUCGACUGAAGAAAUGAGAGCGGAUGUUGAAGCCUUUUACUCGUCGCUGGAAGCAGCUUGCAUUCCUAAGCGAUAUACUCAUCAAAUGGGAGAAUCUCAGUUUGAGUAUGAUGAUUGGUUGGCUGCGAAGAGCGGCUCUCCUCCCAUCGAAGAAUGGAGAAAGCAAAUGUAUUUGGUGACCGGAAGGAGGAAGCGGAGCGUGCCUGAGACGUACCGUGAUCAGUGGGAGGAUGAAGAUUUAAUGGCAUUGGCUUAUCAAGAAUUCAAGUUACUCAAGUUAUCUGUAUCAUCAUCAUCAACAGAUUUGUGAAAUAUAUAUAUUUUUCAUUUGUUUUGCGACUGAUGAUGAAUGAAUAAGUUUCCAGCCA